GUCAUAUGGAGAUUUAAUGGCAAGAAACCAGCAACUUUAGGACCCAAUACUCAGCUGUACAAGUGGAUUCCCCAGAAUGACCUUCUUGGUCACCCCAAAACCAAAGCUUUUAUAACUCAUGGUGGAGCCAACGGCAUCUAUGAGGCCAUCUACCAUGGGAUACCCAUGGUGGGAAUUCCUUUGUUUGCGGAUCAACCUCAAAACAUUGUUCACCUGAAAGCCAAGGGAGCAGCCGUUAGAGUGGACUUUCAUACCAUGUCAAGUACAGAUUUGCUCAAUGCAUUGAAGACAGUCAUUAAUGACCCUUCAUACAAAGAGAAUGCAAUGAAGCUGUCAAGAAUUCAACAUGACCAGCCAGUAAAGCCCCUGGAUCGGGCAGUCUUCUGGAUCGAGUUUGUCAUGCGCCACAAAGGGGCCAAGCACCUGCGGCCGGCUGCCCACGACCUCACCUGGUUCCAGUACCACUCUCUGGAUGUGAUCGGGUUCCUGCUGGCCUGUGUGGCAUCUGUGAUAGUCAUCAUCUCCAAACUGUUUCUGUUUUGUUGGCGGAAAUUUGCUAAAACACCCAACAAGAAGAAAAAGGAGUAGUAUAUCUAAGAAAUGAUGCUACUGUGCCUGAAAGAUGGAACUCAACCAACUUAAUCCUGCACUGCUUACUUUGUAAACCGAAACUGUUUUCAAAAGAUUCACUUAGAAAUAUGAAUAUUUCAUGCCAAGAGAAGGAAACAGAUGGACAACAAUAAAAUAAAUUUAUGUGAGUGUAUAUUGAAAUUUA